GAGAAGGGGUGGGAAGCAGUGAAAGAGGUGCGUGUGUGUGAGUUUAUGUCUCACUAUGUGACAAAUAGUGGGAGAGAAGGACUGAGCUCAAGACCUGAAAAGAAGGGGAAAGAAACAAAAAAGGUGAAGGAGAAGAAGAAGCGUCAAGAAGUUUUCAGUCAGCGAAUAUAAUCGACAGGAAUAAGUUUUGAUUUUCUGGCAAGAAAAAGAGAGACCAUUCAGGAUUUAUACGGCGACGGAACACGGAAACUUCAGCAUGCAGAGGCCGAGCGGUCCAGGCACGGCGUUUUCCAUAGACUCGUUAAUCGGCACUCCGCAGCCGCGGCCGGGCCAUUUGCUCUACACGGGCUACCCGAUGUUCAUGCCGUAUCGGCCGCUCGUGAUCCCACAAGCCCUGUCUCAUUCGCCUUUACCGUCGGCCAUUCCUCCGCUCGCGCCUCUAGCGUCCUUCGCCGGCCGUUUAACCAACACGUUCUGCGCGAGCCUGGGACAGGGCAUGCCUUCCAUGGUGGCCCUCACCACCACGCUACCGGGAUUCUCGGAGCCCGCGGACGGUUUCUACUCGCCUCAGGAGAUCACCGGGCCACGGUUAAACGCAGACGCGGCGAUCGGACGCCAGGAGAGUCCGCACGAAGAGCUGCACGCACGCGACAAGGCAGCCGAGCUCCUCAACUUCUCGGAAACUUUUCAGACCGUGGCAGGUGAGACUAAACUGUACAGCUCGGACGAUGAGAAGCUGGACCUGAAGUCUGCCGAGGCGGCGUGCAGCGAGCGCGAGGACAGCUCGGGGGACAGCGAGAACGAAAGCUUUUCGGACGGCCACAGCUGCGGCUCCAAGAGCAAACUGAAAGCGGGCUCACACGAGCCUCUGAGCUCCACGUCUACGGCGGCAGCGUCGGCGGCGGCGGGCGCGUCUUCGGCGGGCAAGAGCCGGCGACGACGGACAGCGUUCACGAGCGAGCAGCUGCUCGAGCUGGAGAAGGAGUUCCACUGCAAGAAGUACCUGUCGCUGACCGAGCGCUCGCAGAUCGCUCACGCGCUCAAACUCAGCGAGGUGCAGGUAAAGAUCUGGUUCCAGAACCGGCGCGCAAAGUGGAAGCGCAUCAAGGCGGGGAACGUGAACAGCCGCUCCGGUGAGCCCGUGCGCAACCCAAAGAUCGUCGUGCCCAUCCCGGUGCAUGUGAACCGCUUCGCCGUCAGGAGUCAGCACCAGCAGAUCGAGCAGGGCGCGAGGCCGUGAACUGCGACAUGCAGCCGCCCUCGCGCGAGCUCCAAAACUCGUUCCUGAAAUGCAUAGAAAUCAAUGCAUGAAGCACAAAAAACGAGGGAAUUAAACUCGCGCAAUUAAAACUCGAGCAUCUAGACGGAUUAUUAUUCGACCUAGAUGUAUUUUUUUAAACACUAGUUUUUUUUUCUUAUAACGUGGCCAUGUCUUUAAUUUAUUGCUUUGUACAUAAUGUGUAAAUAGAAAAAAAUGUGUCUAAACGACACACCCAUGUGCACUAUGAAAGAAAAUUGUUAAAAAGGACAUUUUUAAACAAACAAAAAAAAGUAUUUAUCAGUUGCAGUCUAGUUGGUUUAUCUGCAUGUUUAUAUGGUUCCCAUUGUAUGGCUUUAAAAAGGCCGUUUUUUAUGUUGUUCUCACAUCUCGCAUGUGUUCCUCCAUCAUCAUCAUCAUCAUCAUCACCGUCAUUAUCAUGAUCAUCAUCAUGGUGGUCUUUAGAGACCACUUAUUUGUGAAAAAAAAACCUUAAGAAAGCUGUGGUUGGUUGAAAUAAAUCAAGAGUUCAUGAAAAUCCGGUGCUACACUUCUACUUCUAGACUGAAUGGUGUGAGAGAGAAAAAAACAUAAUUUCUAAACUAUGACAUAAUGCAAAAAAAAGCCUAAUUGUAAUCGCGACACGUUAUUGGCCUAAUUAUGAAUAAUGGGUCCAUCAAGUCUUAAAUUAGGCAGGAUGACGUAGCAUGUAAUUAACCAAUAGAUUAAUUGAUAUGUUGUUAACAUGCAUGGCGGGGUUAGUUUGGAGGAGAACAAGGAUUUAUUUCCCUUUUACAAUAUCAACAGCAAAGAAGAACAAGAUGACCUGUUGUAUAUUAUUAUUAUUAUUAUUAUUAUUAUUAUUAUUAUUAUUAUUAUUAUUAUUAUACAACCUGCUGUUCAGCAGAUAUGGUUCAUUUCCAGGAUUGCAAGCAUAAAACAUCUGGGAUAUAAUAUUAUUUAACAUAAAUAAACCGGAAACCGGAAAACGCUGUCAUUCUGUUUGAAAUGCAUAAGAUAUUUAUUUAUUUAUUUAUUACUAGAUUUAUUUUUUUUAAUCCCCAGGUAUUCUCAGUACUUUUCUUACAUUUUCAGAAAUGUUUUGACCCCAAACAUUCAUGAUUCA